CAGGUCUCUCUCCAAGCUUCAGCCACUGGAACAGGAGACCGUGAAAUACCUUGUGUUUGUGUAGAAGACUGACCAUCAUUUUCAUCAUCAUGGUUGAGCAGUUUGUUGGAAACUGGACUCUGACUUCCAGCGAGAACUUUGAUGAAUACAUGAAGGCAAUCGGUGUGGGAUUCGCCACUCGGCAAAUGGGCAACAUGGCCAAGCCCAACCUGGUGAUCAGCGUGGAUGAAGCUGGCGUUGUUUCAAUGAAGUCUGAGAGCACUUUCAAGACCACAGAGAUAAAGUUCAAACUAAACGAAGAAUUCGACGAGACGACUGCAGACGGCCGAAAUACCAAGACCACCUUUACUCUUGAGAAUGGCAAACUUGUGCAGCUUCAGUCGUGGGAUGGAAAGAAAACUACUCUAGAAAGAGAGAUUCAAGAUGGAAAACUAACAGCUAAAUGUAUCAUGGACGAUGUUGUUGCAAUGAGGACCUAUGAGAAAGGAGCUUAAUUCCUUUGGUUAAACAUCAAAGUUGUUCAGCCUGGACCUCUGACACCAAAUGCACUGAGCUGUUGCCAAACAUGCCAAUAAAGUCUGAACUGUGAUACAUCA